AUGGGAGGAGGAACGUUACAAAUUAAGAGGGUCAGGUCCUCGAACAAGCAAAAGGCUUGCUGGAUGGUCAACGGAAUUGGCAACCUUGCCAAUGUUUCUUCCUUGUUGUGGCAUGCAUAUGCUGCUCUCCCCGCACCCUCUUCUGCCGUGAAUUGGGCUGGUUUCUACGUCCGGCAGGAUAGAUUUCCAUCUUUGGUUUUUGCCGGCUCAGAUACCAAGGAAACGCCAGGCACGCAAACCCUGCUACUGGGCCCUUUCCAUGGAAAACCCGCAUGCCAGUUGAUCCAAUUUGGACGAGGGGUGUGCGGGACAGCAGCUGAAAAGCGAGAGACCGUGUUGGUACCAGACGUGCUCAACUGGGAGGGCCAUAUUGCCUGUGAUGCCGAGAGUAGAAGUGAAAUUGUUGUCCCCAUUUUGGUGAAUGGAGAGACCGUUGCUAUAAUCGACAUUGACUGCACCCAGCCAUCUGGAUUUGAUGAAGUCGACAGAAAAUGGCUCGAAGCCCUGGCAGUCAUCCUGGCAGAUAGCUGUGACUGGUGA